UUGAAUUUUUGUAAUCAGCGGAAUUUUAAUUAUCAAAAUGUUUUAUUUAUAACAAAUUUAAUUAUAAAUAAGUAACAUAACAUGAAGGAAGCUGUUUAAUAUACAUUAAUGUUUAAAGGUUUUACUCUAAUGGGUUACCGUGUAACAGGAUCGAGAUGUCUCACAGUUUGUCUAGGAUUUACCUUUAUUAUGGGCUGUUUUCUGGCCUCCCUUCCUAUUGUACCUUCAGAAACAGUCAAUCCUCGAAUUUCGGCGACAACACAUAAAAAGAGAUUAGCUAUAAUAGUUCCUUUUCGAGAUCGCUUUGAAGAACUACUAGAGUUUGUGCCGCAUAUGUAUACGUUUCUGAACAAACAGAACAUCCCCUUUCACAUAUUCGUCGUCCAACAGAAAGACAGCAAUAGAUUUAACAGAGCUUCACUUAUAAAUGUCGGAUAUUUAUUCAGUAAAACGAAUUAUGACUACAUAGCUAUGCACGACGUAGAUCUUCUACCGAUAAACGAUAAUUUGAGAUAUGACUAUCCAAGAAACGGACCUGUACACAUAUCCUCACCAGAAACACAUCCUAAAUAUCAUUACGAUACAUUCAUAGGUGGUAUACUUCUUAUAAGUAACGAACAUUUUGAAAAAGUCAAAGGUAUGUCUAAUAACUAUUGGGGUUGGGGGUUAGAAGACGAUGAGUUUUAUGUUCGAAUAAAGGAUGCCGGUUUGAAAAUAAGCAGACCAGAGAAUAUUACUACGGGAACAGAGAAUACUUUUAAGCACGUCCAUGACAAAACUUACAGAAAACGUGACAUGCGGAAGUGUUACAACCAGCGUGAGGUGACCCGUAGACGUGACAGAGUGACCGGCCUCCAUGACGUCGCAUACAAGAUACAUAAUACACACAGUGUUACAGUAGAUACCUUACCCAUAACCGUUGUAAACGUGGAGCUGAUAUGCAAUAAAACACUGACGCCUUGGUGCGUCUGCCCUGAGCCACCUAAGGUCAAAAAAGCGAGGUAGCAUUGCAAUGUAUGUACAGAGAAACUUUAGUAAUGUCUUAGGCCAGGGAGAUUGUCUUAAAAGGUUAGAAAAACUGCCUCAAAAAUUUAUUGUUUUGGCCACAGACAUAGAUCAUGUUAGA